AUGAAUGCCGCUUCGGUGCUAUCGUCGCCUAUUUCCUUCGUUACAGUAUCUAAUGAUGGCAAUUUUCAAGUAUCAUCGGAAGCAAUUGAAUAUUUACAACAAAUCCGUGGACCAAUUGCUGUUGUAGCUAUCGCUGGUCUUUACCGAACAGGAAAAUCGUAUUUAUUGAAUUUAUUACUAGGACGUGACCAAAAAAAGAACCGAAUGUUUGACGUUGGGGCAACAAUUAAUGCCUGUACAAAAGGUAUAUGGAUCUGGGGACAACCCGUAGCCAAUCAGAAGAGCCAUGCGAUCUUUCCGCAUCUUGGUAAAGAUACAACUAUUGUCUUUAUGGAUACAGAGGGGUUGGGUUCAAUUGAACGAUCACAGACCCAAGAUACCCAAAUAUUUGCACUUGCUUUACUUUUAUCGUCUCUGUUCAUUUAUAACAGUCGAGGGGUCAUUGAUGCCAAUGCAAUUGAAGAUUUAUCCCUUGUGGUAAAUUUAACGAAAAUUAUCCAAGCCAAAGCUCAUAAUGACAAGAAAGCAACCAAUUGCAAUGAAUUGUCUCGAUUUUUUCCUGAUUUUCUAUGGGUUGUAAGAGAUUUUACACUUGAAUUAAAACAAGACGGGAAAAAAAUGACUUCAAAAGAUUAUUUUGAAACUGCCUUGAAACAACAACAACAUUCUUUCACGGAAAAUGUGGUGCAAAAGAAUAAAAGUCGAUCAUUAUUAUCGACAUUUUUUCCAUCCAGAGAUUGUGUAACAAUGGUUCGACCACUUCAUGAUGAGAAACAAUUACGAGAAUUAUCGAAACAGCCAUAUGAGUCCCUACGACCUGAAUUUCGGGAACAAAUGGAGAUUUUAAAAAAGAAAUUAUCAAUGUCACUUAAACCCAAGACAAUGAUGUCAAAUGUGCUAAAUGGACCAAUGUUGGUAUCGUUGACAAAGAAUUAUGUAGCUGCUUUUAAUAGUGGAUCUAGUCCAGUUAUUACGUCGGUGUGGGAUCGAGUUAUAGAGUCACAGUGUGAUCAAGCAUUGGACUCAGCUAAACAGGUUUUUCGAGAAAAAAUGGAUGCUGCUAUUGCUGAAAAGACCAACCUAGUGAGAGUAAAUCAGGUGAUGCGCGCUCGACCAUUAGAAGAUGUAGAGCUGGUCUCUCUUUAUGAAACAGCUCGCAAGGCUGCGGACAGAGAGUUGUUACGGGAAGAUAUUGUGUCAAUCUCGUCAUUGAAGGAUUACUCUCUCACGCUGUCGGAAUACAGCCUUGAAAUACUGCAGACCAAAUUUAAAGACAAUGAUGCAGUGUCGACUGUUUUUAACAAAGAGAUACUCCAGGAGUUAUGGAAACCUUGCAAGGAACCCCUCAAGGAUCCGUCGCUAAUUGCAGAAGACGAAGCUCAGUAUUUGCAGAACCAGCUGACAGCUUCUCAAGAUUUUCUCAGCAGCAUUGUGACCCAAUUCAAUGAUCGAGCCGCGGGAUCCCGGAAACACGGGGUUUUAAACGAUUUCUUGCUCGAAAACAUGGUCGAGGGGAUGUUCGAGUGGAGCACAUUGGUGAAGACCUUUUUUCGAUCAAAAGAAGCCCAGCUAGCUGCUGAUAUUGCGUCUAGUCAGCACUCAUUGCGAUCAAUCGAGUCAAAAGUUCGUGUGGCACAAGAGAUGUUAACUCAACAGAACGAUUCGUUCGAAAAAGCCGUUCAGUCGAUCGCUGAGCGCAUAGCAAGCGAGCGAAGUACACUUCUUGAUGAUAUACAGAGCAAACAAUCUCAGAUUGAUCGAACUCGUUUGCAAGUUGAGCAAUUGGGUACACUGCAUAAAGAGGUACUCGAUCGCUUAGAUGCACAAAUUCAAGAAGCCAAGGAUGAACGGAACCAGCUUGAGGCUGCUAUUCAUUCUGCUGAAGUCUGCCGAGAAAAGGAACGGCAAGAAGCCCAGCGCCAGUUGUUGCAGAGCGAGGCGAAAUUUCACAAUGAAGAGAAAACGUUGAUACAAGGGCAGCAGCAAAUUUUGAAGAAAGUACUUGAACUCGAGCGGUGUCUUGGAGAACAGGAUGUCAAUCAACUUGCUGAGCUUUCUCGUGUCGAGAAAGAAAACACCGAAGAGAUUUUUCGAUUACAGCUUCAGUUCCAAGAGCUGGAGGAAGAAUUACGCGAGAGCGCAGUUCAGAAUAUUCAAGUGUUGGAAAAGGAACAAGAAGAAGAGAGAGAUGUGUUGCAAUGGAAUUUAGACGAAAAGAAGAAGCGUCUGGUGAUCCUUUGCAAGUUAUUAGACGAGAAAGAGGCGGCGAAGACUACGCAGUUUUUUAGCGGUGAGGAAUGCAUUGUCCAAUAA